UUACUCCUCCUCCAACCAACUCCUUUUUGCCCUUUGCAGGUGGCAUGUGAUGUUAAGGUCUUUUAUAUAGGACGAAAGAAGGAAAGCAACUUGGCUGCAACAAAAACAGAGAGAUGGCAAGAAAGAAGCUGCAAAAAUUUACUACUUUGGAGAUUGUGCUCAGUGUUCUUCUGCUCGUGUUGUUUAUCAUCAGUAUUGUUCUAAUUGUGCUUUUAGCCAAGGAGUCAUUGAAAUCAACAGCCCCAGAUCCCGGGACAACUGGUACCCCAGAUCCUGGAACAACCACUUCCACGCAGUCUAGGACAACUGGUCCCCCAGAUCCUGGAACAACUGGUACCACUCCUGUUUCUGCUGAAUGUCCCGUGGUAAAUGAAUUGGAACGAAUUAAUUGCAUCCCUGACCAGCCACCAACAAAGGCCACAUGUGACCAACGUGGCUGUUGCUGGAAUCCCCAGGGAGCUGUAAGUGUUCCCUGGUGCUACUAUUCCAAGAAUCAUAGCUACCACAUGGAGGGCGACCUUGUAAACACAAAUGCAGGAUUCACAGCCCGGUUGAAAAAUCUGCCUUCUUCACCCGUGUUUGGAAGCAAUGUUGACAAUGUUCUUCUCACAGCAGAAUAUCAGACAUCUAAUCGUUUCCACUUUAAGUUGACCGACCAAACCAGUAGCAGGUUUGAAGUACCCCACGAACAUGUGCAGUCCUUCAGUGGAAAUGCUGCUGCUUCUUUGACCUACCGAGUUGAAAUCUCCAGAGAGCCAUUUAGCAUCAAAGUGACCAGAAGAAGCAAUAAUCGUGUUUUGUUUGACUCAAGCAUUGGGCCCCUCCUGUUUGCCAACCAGUUCUUGCAGCUUUCCACCCGACUGCCUAGUGCUAAUGUGUAUGGCCUGGGAGAGCAUGUGCACCAGCAGUACCGGCAUGAUAUGAAUUGGAAGACCUGGCCCAUAUUUAACAGGGACACAACUCCCAAUGGAAACGGAAGUAAUUUGUAUGGUGCGCAGACAUUCUUCCUGUGUCUUGAAGAUGCUAGUGGAUUGUCCUUUGGGGUGUUUCUGAUGAACAGCAAUGCCAUGGAGGUUGUCCUUCAGCCUGCGCCAGCCAUCACUUACCGCACCACUGGGGGCAUUCUCGACUUCUAUGUGUUCUUGGGAAACACUCCAGAGCAAGUUGUUCAAGAAUAUCUAGAGCUUAUUGGGCGGCCAGCCCUUCCCUCCUACUGGGCACUUGGAUUUCACCUUAGUCGUUAUGAAUAUGGAACCUUAGACAACAUGAGAGAAGUCGUGGAGAGAAAUCGCGCAGCACAGCUCCCUUAUGAUGUUCAGCAUGCUGAUAUUGAUUAUAUGGAUGAGAGAAGGGACUUCACUUAUGAUCCAGUGAAUUUUAAAGGCUUCCCUGAAUUUGUCAAUGACUUACACAAAAAUGGACAGAAGCUUGUCAUCAUUGUGGAUCCAGCCAUCUCCAACAACUCUUCCUCAAGUAAACCCUAUGGCCCAUAUGACAGGGGUUCAGAUAUGAAGAUAUGGGUGAAUAGUUCAGAUGGAGUGACUCCACUCAUUGGGGAGGUCUGGCCUGGACAAACUGUGUUUCCUGAUUAUACCAAUCCCAACUGUGCUGUUUGGUGGACAAAGGAAUUUGAACUUUUUCAUAAUCAAGUGGAGUUUGAUGGAAUCUGGAUUGAUAUGAAUGAAGUCUCCAACUUUGUUGAUGGUUCGGUCUCAGGAUGUUCCACAAACAACCUAAAUAAUCCCCCAUUCACUCCCAGAGUCCUGGAUGGGUACCUGUUCUGCAAGACUCUCUGUAUGGAUGCAGUGCAGCACUGGGGCAAGCAGUAUGACGUUCACAAUCUGUAUGGCUACUCCAUGGCGGUUGCCACAGCAGAAGCUGCCAAGACUGUGUUCCCUAAUAACAGAAGCUUCAUUCUGACCCGUUCUACCUUUGCGGGUUCUGGCAAGUUUGCAGCACAUUGGUUAGGAGACAACACCGCCACCUGGGAUGACCUGCGAUGGUCCAUCCCUGGCGUCCUUGAGUUCAACCUUUUCGGCAUCCCAAUGGUGGGUGCUGACAUAUGUGGCUUUGCCUUGGAUGCCCCUGAGGAGCUCUGUAGGCGGUGGAUGCAGUUGGGCGCAUUUUAUCCAUUUUCUAGAAAUCACAAUGGCCAAGGCUUCAAGGACCAGGAUCCUGCCUCCUUUGGAGCUGACUCCCUGCUGUUGAAUUCCUCCAGGCACUACCUUAACAUCCGCUAUACUCUAUUGCCCUACCUAUACACCCUCUUCUUCCGUGCUCACAGCCGAGGGGACACGGUGGCCAGGCCCCUUUUGCAUGAGUUCUAUGAGGACAACAGCACUUGGGAUGUGCACCAACAGUUCUUAUGGGGGCCCGGCCUCCUCAUCACUCCAGUUCUGGAUGAAGGUGCAGAGAAAGUGAUGGCAUAUGUGCCUGAUGCUGUCUGGUAUGACUACGAGACUGGAAACCAAGUGAGAUGGAGGAAGCAAAAAGUCGAGAUGGAACUUCCUGGAGACAAAAUUGGACUUCACCUUCGAGGAGGCUACAUCUUUCCCACACAGCAGCCAAAUACAACCACUCUGGCCAGUCGAAAGAACCCUCUUGGUCUUAUCAUUGCCCUAGAUGAGAACAAAGAAGCAAAAGGAGAACUUUUCUGGGAUGAUGGGGAAACGAAGGAUACUGUGGCCAAUAAAGUGUAUCUUUUAUGUGAGUUUUCUGUCACUCAAAACCGCUUGGAGGUGAAUAUUUCACAAUCAACCUACAAGGACCCCAAUAAUUUAGCAUUUAAUGAGAUUAAAAUUCUUGGGACGGAGGAACCUAGCAAUGUUACAGUGAAACACAAUGGUAUCCCAAGUCAGACUUCUCCUACAGUCACUUAUGAUUCUAACCUGAAGGUUGCCAUUAUCACAGAUAUCAAUCUUCUCCUGGGAGAAGCAUACACAGUGGAGUGGGAUAUAAAGAUAAGGGAUGAUGAAAAAAUAGACUGUUACCCUGAUGAGAAUGGUGCUUCUGCAGAAAACUGUGCUGCCCGUGGCUGUAUCUGGGAGGCAUCCAAUUCUUCUGGGGUCCCUUUUUGCUAUUUUGUCAACGAUCUAUACUCUGUCAGUAAUGUUCAAUAUAAUUCACAUGGGGCCACAGCUGACAUCUCCUUAAAGUCUUCCGUGUAUGCCAGUGCCUUCCCCUCCACACCCGUGAACCCCCUUCGCCUGGAUGUCACUUACCAUAAGAAUGAAAUGCUGCAGUUCAAGAUUUAUGAUCCCAACAACAAUCGGUAUGAAGUUCCAGUUCCUCUGAACGUACCCACGGUGCCAUCCAGCACCCCUGAGGGUCAACUCUAUGAUGUCCUUAUUAAGAAGAAUCCGUUUGGGAUUGAAAUUCGCCGCAAGAGUACAGGCACUAUAAUUUGGGACUCUCAGCUCCUUGGUUUCACCUUCAAUGACAUGUUUAUCCGCAUCUCCACCCGCCUUGCCUCCAAGUACCUCUAUGGCUUUGGGGAAACUGAGCACACAUCCUAUAGGAGAGACUUGGAGUGGCACACUUGGGGGAUGUUCUCCCGAGACCAGCCCCCAGGGUACAAGAAGAAUUCCUAUGGUGUCCACCCCUACUACAUGGGGCUGGAGGAGGAUGGCAGUGCCCACGGAGUGUUCCUGCUGAACAGCAAUGCCAUGGACGUGACGUUCCAGCCCCUGCCUGCCUUGACAUACCGUACCACAGGGGGAGUUCUGGACUUUUAUGUGUUCUUGGGGCCAACUCCAGAGCUUGUCACCCAGCAGUACACGGAGUUGAUUGGCCGGCCUGUGAUGGUACCUUACUGGUCUUUGGGUUUCCAGCUGUGUCGCUAUGGAUACCAGAACGACUCUGAGAUCGCCAGCUUGUAUGAUGAGAUGGUGGCCGCCCAGAUCCCUUAUGACGUGCAGUACUCAGACAUCGACUACAUGGAGCGGCAGCUGGACUUCACCCUCAGCCCCAAGUUUGCUGGGUUUCCAGCUCUGAUCAAUCGCAUGAAGGCUGAUGGGAUGCGGGUCAUCCUCAUUCUGGAUCCAGCUAUUUCUGGCAAUGAGACACAGCCCUAUCCUGCCUUCACUCGGGGCUUGGAGGAUGACGUCUUCAUCAAAUACCCAAAUGAUGGAGACAUUGUCUGGGGAAAGGUCUGGCCCGAUUUUCCUGGUAUUGUUGUGAAUGAAUCUCUAGAAUGGGACAGUCAAGUGGAGCUAUAUCGAGCUUACGUGGCCUUCCCAGACUUUUUCCGUAAUUCAACUGCCAAGUGGUGGAAGAGGGAAAUAGAAGAACUGUACAACAAUCCACAGAAUCCAGAGAGGAGCUUGAAGUUUGAUGGCCUGUGGAUUGAUAUGAAUGAACCAUCAAGCUUCGUGAAUGGGGCAGUUUCUCCAGGCUGCAGGGACACCUCUCUGAACCGCCCUCCCUACAUGCCAUAUUUGGAGUCCAGGGACAGGGGUCUAAGCAGCAAGACCCUGUGCAUGGAGAGUCAGCAGAUCCUCCCAGACGGCUCCCCGGUGCAGCACUACAACGUGCACAACCUGUACGGGUGGUCCCAGACCAGACCCACAUACGAAGCCAUGCAGGAGGUGACGGGACAGCGAGGGGUCGUCAUCACCCGCUCCACAUUUCCCUCUUCUGGCCGCUGGGCAGGACAUUGGCUGGGAGACAACACGGCCGCGUGGGAUCAGCUGAAGAAAUCUAUCAUUGGCAUGAUGGAGUUCAGCCUCUUCGGCAUAUCCUAUACAGGAGCAGAUAUCUGUGGGUUCUUUCAAGAUGCUGAAUACGAGAUGUGUGUUCGCUGGAUGCAGCUGGGGGCCUUUUACCCCUUCUCAAGAAACCACAACACCAUUGGGACCAGGAGACAAGACCCUGUGUCCUGGGAUACUGCUUUUGUGAACAUUUCCAGAAAUGUCCUGCAGACCAGAUACACCCUGUUGCCAUAUCUGUAUACCUUGAUGUAUAAGGCCCACACGGAGGGCGUCACGGUUGUGCGGCCUCUGCUUCAUGAGUUUGUGUCAGACCAGGUGACGUGGGACAUAGACAGUCAGUUCCUGCUGGGCCCAGCCUUCCUGGUCAGCCCUGUCCUGGAGCGCAAUGCCAGAAAUGUCACUGCAUAUUUCCCUAGAGCCCGCUGGUACGAUUACUACACGGGUGUGGAUAUUGAUGCAAGAGGAGAGUGGAAGACCUUGCCAGCCCCUCUUGACUACAUUAAUCUUCAUAUCCGUGGGGGCUACAUCCUGCCCUGGCAAGAGCCUGCAGUGAACACCCACUUAAGUCGAAAGAACCCUCUUGGUCUUAUCAUUGCCCUAGAUGAGAACAAAGAAGCAAAAGGAGAACUUUUCUGGGAUGAUGGGCAAACGAAGGAUACUGUGGCCAAUAAAGUGUAUCUUUUAUGUGAGUUUUCUGUCACUCAAAACCGCUUGGAGGUGAAUAUUUCACAAUCAACCUACAAGGACCCCAAUAAUUUAGCAUUUAAUGAGAUUAAAAUUCUUGGGACGGAGGAACCUAGCAAUGUUACAGUGAAACACAAUGGUGUCCCAAGUCAGACUUCUCCUACAGUCACUUAUGAUUCUAACCUGAAGGUUGCCAUUAUCACAGACAUCAAUCUUCUCCUGGGAGAAGCAUACACAGUGGAGUGGGAUAUAAAGACAAGGGAUGAUGAAAAAAUAGACUGUUACCCUGAUGAGAAUGGCGCUUCUGCAGAAAACUGCAUUGCCCGUGGCUGUAUCUGGGAGGCAUCCAAUUCUUCUGGAGUCCCUUUUUGCUAUUUUGUCAACGAUCUAUACUCUGUCAGUAAUGUUCAAUAUAAUUCACAUGGGGCCACAGCUGACAUCUCCUUAAAGUCUUCCGUGUAUGCCAAUGCCUUCCCCUCCACACCCGUGAACCCCCUUCGCCUGGAUGUCACUUACCAUAAGAAUGAAAUGCUGCAGUUCAAGAUUUAUGAUCCCAACAACAAUCGGUAUGAAGUUCCAGUUCCUCUGAACGUACCCAUGGUGCCAUCCGGCACCCCUGAGGGUCAACUCUAUGAUGUCCUCAUUAAGAAGAAUCCAUUUGGGAUUGAAAUUCGCCGCAGGAGUACAGGCACUAUAAUUUGGGACUCUCAGCUCCUUGGCUUCACCUUCAAUGACAUGUUUAUCCGCAUCUCCACCCGCCUUCCCUCCAAGUACCUCUAUGGCUUUGGGGAAACUGAGCACACAUCCUAUAGGAGAGACUUGGAGUGGCACACUUGGGGGAUGUUCUCCCGAGACCAGCCCCCAGGGUACAAGAAGAAUUCCUAUGGGGUCCACCCCUACUACAUGGGGCUGGAGGAGGACGGCAGUGCCCACGGAGUGUUCCUGCUGAACAGCAAUGCCAUGGACGUGACGUUCCAGCCCCUGCCUGCCUUGACAUACCGUACCACAGGGGGAGUUCUGGACUUUUAUGUGUUCUUGGGGCCAACUCCAGAGCUUGUCACCCAGCAGUACACGGAGUUGAUUGGCCGGCCUGUGAUGGUACCUUACUGGUCUUUGGGUUUCCAGCUGUGUCGCUAUGGAUACCAGAACGACUCUGAGAUCGCCAGCUUGUAUGAUGACAUGAUGGCCGCCCAGAUCCCUUAUGACGUGCAGUACUCAGACAUCGACUACAUGGAGCGGCAGCUGGACUUCACCCUCAGCCCCAAGUUUGCUGGGUUUCCAGCUCUGAUCAAUCGCAUGAAGGCUGAUGGGAUGCGGGUCAUCCUCAUUCUGGAUCCAGCCAUUUCUGGCAAUGAGACACAGCCCUAUCCUGCCUUCACUCGGGGCUUGGAGGAUGACGUCUUCAUCAAAUACCCAAAUGAUGGAGACAUUGUCUGGGGAAAGGUCUGGCCCGAUUUUCCUGGUGUUGUUGUGAAUGACUCUCUAGACUGGGACAGUCAAGUGGAGCUAUAUCGAGCUUACGUGGCCUUCCCAGACUUUUUCCGUAAUUCAACUGCCAGGUGGUGGAAGAGGGAAAUAGAAGAACUGUACAACAAUCCACAGAAUCCAGAGAGGAGCUUGAAGUUUGAUGGCCUGUGGAUUGAUAUGAAUGAACCAUCAAGUUUCGUGAAUGGGGCAGUUUCUCCAGGCUGCAGGGACGCCUCUCUGAACCGCCCUCCCUACAUGCCACAUUUGGAGUCCAGGGAUAGGGGUCUGAGCAGCAAGACCCUGUGCAUGGAGAGUCAGCAGAUCCUCCCAGACGGCUCCCCGGUGCAGCACUACAACGUGCACAACCUGUACGGGUGGUCCCAGACCAGACCCACAUACGAAGCCAUGCAGGAGGUGACGGGACAGCGAGGGGUCGUCAUCACCCGCUCCACAUUUCCCUCUUCUGGCCGCUGGGCAGGACACUGGCUGGGAGACAACACGGCCGCGUGGGAUCAGCUGAAGAAAUCUAUCAUUGGCAUGAUGGAGUUCAGCCUCUUCGGCAUAUCCUAUACAGGAGCAGAUAUCUGUGGGUUCUUUCAAGAUGCUGAAUAUGAGAUGUGUGUUCGCUGGAUGCAACUGGGGGCCUUUUACCCCUUCUCAAGAAACCACAACACCAUUGGGACCAGGAGACAAGACCCUGUGUCCUGGGAUGCUGCUUUUGUGAACAUUUCCAGAAAUGUCUUGCAGACCAGAUACACCCUGUUGCCAUAUCUGUAUACCUUGAUGUAUAAGGCCCACACGGAGGGCGUCACUGUUGUGCGGCCUCUGCUUCAUGAGUUUGUGUCAGACCAGGUGACGUGGGACAUAGACAGUCAGUUCCUGCUGGGCCCAGCCUUCCUGGUCAGCCCCGUCCUGGAGCGCAAUGCCAGAAAUGUCACUGCAUAUUUCCCUAGAGCCCGCUGGUACGAUUACUACACGGGUGUGGAUAUGAACGCAAGAGGAGAGUGGAAGACCUUGCCAGCCCCUCUUGACCACAUUAAUCUUCAUGUCCGUGGGGGCUAUAUCCUGCCCUGGCAAGAGCCUGCACUGAACACCCACUUAAGUCGAAAGAACCCUCUUGGUCUUAUCAUUGCGCUAGAUGAGAACAAAGAAGCAAAAGGAGAACUUUUCUGGGAUGAUGGGCAAACAAAGGAUACUGUGGCCAAUAAAGUGUAUCUUUUAUGUGAGUUUUCUGUCACUCAAAACCGCUUGGAGGUGAAUAUUUCACAAUCAACCUACAAGGACCCCAAUAAUUUAGCAUUUAACGAGAUUAAAAUUCUUGGGACGGAGGAACCUAGCAAUGUUACAGUGAAACACAAUGGUGUCCCAAGUCAGACUUCUCCUACAGUCACUUAUGAUUCUAACCUGAAGGUUGCCAUUAUCACAGACAUCAAUCUUCUCCUGGGAGAAGCAUACACAGUGGAGUGGAGCAUAAAGAUAAGGGAUGAUGAAAAAAUAGACUGUUACCCUGAUGAGAAUGGCGCUUCUGCAGAAAACUGCACUGCCCGUGGCUGUAUCUGGGAGGCAUCCAAUUCUUCUGGAGUCCCUAUUUGCCAUUUUGUCAACGAUCUAUACUCUGUCAGUAAUGUUCAAUAUAAUUCACAUGGGGCCACAGCUGACAUCUCCUUAAAGUCUUCCGUGUAUGCCAAUGCCUUCCCCUCCACACCCGUGAACCCCCUUCGCCUGGAUGUCACUUACCAUAAGAAUGAAAUGCUGCAGUUCAAGAUUUAUGAUCCCAACAACAAUCGGUAUGAAGUUCCAGUUCCUCUGAACGUACCCACGGUGCCAUCCAGCACCCCUGAGGGUCAACUCUAUGAUGUCCUCAUUAAGAAGAAUCCAUUUGGGAUUGAAAUCCGCCGCAAGAGUACAGGCACUAUAAUUUGGGACUCUCAGCUCCUUGGUUUCACCUUCAAUGACAUGUUUAUCCGCAUCUCCACCCGCCUUGCCUCCAAGUACCUUUAUGGCUUUGGGGAAACUGAGCACACAUCCUAUAGGAGAGACUUGGAGUGGCACACUUGGGGGAUGUUCUCCCGAGACCAGCCCCCAGGGUACAAGAAGAAUUCCUAUGGUGUCCACCCCUACUACAUGGGGCUGGAGGAGGAUGGCAGUGCCCACGGAGUGUUCCUGCUGAACAGCAAUGCCAUGGACGUGACGUUCCAGCCCCUGCCUGCCUUGACAUACCGUACCACAGGGGGAGUUCUGGACUUUUAUGUGUUCUUGGGGCCAACUCCAGAGCUUGUCACCCAGCAGUACACGGAGUUGAUUGGCCGGCCUGUGAUGGUACCUUACUGGUCUUUGGGUUUCCAGCUGUGUCGCUAUGGAUACCAGAACGACUCUGAGAUCGCCAGCUUGUAUGAUGAGAUGGUGGCCGCCCAGAUCCCUUAUGACGUGCAGUACUCAGACAUCGACUACAUGGAGCGGCAGCUGGACUUCACCCUCAGCCCCAAGUUUGCUGGGUUUCCAGCUCUGAUCAACCGCAUGAAGGCUGAUGGGAUGCGGGUCAUCCUCAUUCUGGAUCCAGCCAUUUCUGGCAAUGAGACACAGCCCUAUCCUGCCUUCACUCGGGGCAUGGAGGAUGACAUCUUCAUCAAAUACCCAAAUGAUGGAGACAUUGUCUGGGGAAAGGUCUGGCCCGAUUUUCCUGGUGUUGUUGUGAAUGAAUCUCUAGACUGGGACAAUCAAGUGGAGCUAUAUCGAGCUUAUGUGGCCUUCCCAGACUUUUUCCGUAAUUCAACUGCCAAGUGGUGGAAGAGGGAAAUAGAAGAACUGUACAACAAUCCACAGAAUCCAGAGAGGAGCUUGAAGUUUGAUGGCCUGUGGAUUGAUAUGAAUGAACCAUCAAGCUUCGUGAAUGGGGCAGUUUCUCCAGGCUGCAGGGAGACCUCUCUGAACCGCCCUCCCUACAUGCCAUAUUUGGAGUCCAGGGACAGGGGCCUGAGCAGCAAGACCCUGUGCAUGGAGAGUCAGCAGAUCCUCCCAGACGGCUCCCCGGUGCAGCACUACAACGUGCACAACCUGUACGGGUGGUCCCAGACCAGACCCACAUACGAAGCCAUGCAGGAGGUGACGGGACAGCGAGGGGUCGUCAUCACCCGCUCUACAUUUCCCUCUUCUGGCCGCUGGGCAGGACAUUGGCUGGGAGACAACACGGCCGCGUGGGAUCAGCUGAAGAAAUCUAUCAUUGGCAUGAUGGAGUUCAGCCUCUUCGGCAUAUCCUAUACAGGAGCAGAUAUCUGUGGGUUCUUUCAAGACGCUGAAUAUGAGAUGUGUGUUCGCUGGAUGCAGCUGGGGGCCUUUUACCCCUUCUCAAGAAACCACAACACCAUUGGGACCAGGAGACAAGACCCUGUGUCCUGGGAUGCUGCUUUUGUGAAUAUUUCCAGAAAUGUCCUGGAGACCAGAUACACCCUGUUGCCAUAUCUGUAUACCUUGAUGCAUAAGGCCCACACGGAGGGCGUCACUGUUGUGCGGCCUCUGCUUCAUGAGUUUGUGUCAGACCAGGUGACGUGGGACAUAGACAGUCAGUUCCUGCUGGGCCCAGCCUUCCUGGUCAGCCCCGUCCUGGAGCGCAAUGCCAGAAAUGUCACUGCAUAUUUCCCUAGAGCCUGCUGGUACGAUUACUACACGGGUGUGGAUAUGAACGCAAGAGGAGAGUGGAAGACCUUGCCAGCCCCUCUUGACCACAUUAAUCUUCAUGUCCGUGGGGGCUACAUCCUGCCCUGGCAAGAGCCUGCACUGAACACCCACUUAAGCCGCCAGAAGUUCAUGGGCUUCAAAAUUGCCUUGGAUGAUGAGGGAACUGCUGAGGGCUGGCUCUUCUGGGAUGAUGGGCAAAGCAUUGAUACCUAUGGGAAAGGACUCUAUUACUUGGCCAACUUUUCUGCCAGCCAGAAUACGAUGCAAAGCCAUAUAAUUUUCAACAAUUACAUCACUGAUACAAAUCCUUUGAAACUGGGCUACAUUGAAAUCUGGGGAGUGGGCAGUGUCCCCAUUACCAGUGUCAGCAUAUCUGUGAGCGGCAUGGCCAUAACACCCUCCUUCAACAAUGACCCCACGACACAGGUAUUAAGCAUCGACGUGACUGACAGAAACAUCAGUGUACAUAAUUUUACCUCAUUGACAUGGAGAAGCACUCCGUGAAUUUUUAGAGCAAGAUUCUAACUAUGAACGACUUUGAAACUACUUAUACUUCAUGCUCAUAAAAAUUAUUGUGUGUUGCUAAUUGGUUCAUACCCACUGUUGGUGAAAUAUUUUUGUUAAUUUUGUUAUAUGUUUUGUGUGUGAACCCUAAAGGUUAAAUCUUAGCCCUGCGGGAUAGGCAGUUAGGGAGGUGUGGAAAAUCUAUGCAUUACCUGAAUGUCUCUAUGUGGUUAGUAUGGUAGUGAUUGUUCAUCAUAUGACAUUGACUGAAGAUGAACCGGGUCCAUGAUGAAGUGUGUGUAUGUCCAUGUGUGUAAUCAUGGAAUGGACCCCAUUCUCUUGUUAAACACACAAGAAAAAGCUUUCCGUGACAGUUCCAGGUCUUGAAGCUAAUCAGCAUCUCAAGAAAGUCUCCAGAAAGAACAUCUGCUAGUUGAUUAUAGGCAACAGGGGGAAUAAUACACCUAAUUGGUUAUAGGUGGGGGGAGCAUGAUAAGCAAAGAAGAGGCAAACACAAGGAAAGAUCAGAGGAAACAGAAGAUGAUAGUAAAAGUGAUCAUAGUAAGAACAUAAUGUGAAAUUAUCAACAGCCUCAUGGGGAGGAAAAAGGAAGAGUCAACUCACCUGAGAGAAGAGGGUCUUGAGAAAUCUUUAGCAUAAAGGGCUAGUGGUGAGAUUGAGAUCUGAGCAGGCAAAGCUGAAAAGAGAGUUUGGAGGUUAAAAAUAAUUUAUUUUUGCAGUGGUGUGCUUUGAAGUGUGUAAAUCUUAUUUCUAAUGUAUAUAACCACAUUUCACAGAAAAAUAUGCAAUUUAUAUGCCGGAUAAAAAUAAAACAAGUGAAUUUGCAAGUAA